CUCAGGUGAUGGAGGUGAAGGGACAGAUGAUUCAUGUCCCAGAAUCCUCUACUCUGAUGUUCCUGGGUUCCCCCCGGGUAGACAAGCUGGAGGAGCUGAUGGGCAGGGGCCUCUACCUGUCAGACAUCCCCAUCCACGACGCCACGCGUGAUGUCAUAUUGGUGGGACAGCAGGCCAAGGCACAGGACGGCCUCAAGAACAGGAUGGACAAACUCAAGGCCACCCUAGAAAAGACACACCAAGCUCUAGAAGAGGAGAAGAGGAGGACAGUAGACCUUCUCUACUCCAUUUUUCCUGGUGACGUGGCCCAGAAGCUGUGGCAGGGGGAGUCUGUCCCCGCCAGGAAGUUUGAUGAUGUCACCAUGUUGUUCUCUGACAUCGUGGGCUUCACGGCAGUGUGUGCUCAGUGUACCCCCAUGCAGGUCAUCAGCAUGCUCAACGAGCUCUACACACGCUUCGACUACCAGUGUGGAAUACUGGAUGUGUAUAAGAUUGAGACUAUAGGCGACGCCUACUGUGUUGCGGGCGGGCUCCACCAAAAGAUUGACAGCCAUGCCAAGCCAAUCGCACUCAUGGCCCUGAAGAUGAUGGAGCUGUCAGAGGAGGUGUUAACGCCGGACAGCAAAUCCAUCAAGACAGAAGGGGUAACACAGACACGUCACAGGGGCUAUAAUGCUGAAUAA